AUGACUAGGUUUGUUGGAUGUAUCGAUUUGCAUGGGGGGCAGGUGAAACAGAUAGUUGGCAAGACGUUAACUUCUGAACAGGCAACAAAGACGAAUUUUGUUUCUGAUAGGCCUUCAUCUUACUAUGCGAAACUAUAUCUGGACAAUAAUGUGCGUGGAACACAUGUGAUCAAGUUGGGAUCCGGUAAUGAUGAGGCAGCGAUGGAUGCAUUAAAAACGGCACCAGGAUUUUUGCAAGUGGGUGGGGGUAUUAAUUUAGAGAAUUGUGAAUACUGGUUGAAAUAUGCAGCGAAGGUGAUUGUAACGUCAUAUUUAUUUGACAGUGAGGGUCGAUUUCAACUUGACAAGCUGCAUGAGAUUUCAGAUAAAUGUGGGAAGGACCGUUUGGUAAUUGAUUUAAGCUGUCGUCCUCUCGAAAGUGUUUCUUCGAAUAAGCAGUGGGUGGUCGUAAUGAACAAAUGGCAAACCAUUACUAAUUUGGUACUGAAUUUAUCCACGCUUGAGUUUCUCAGUAAUUAUGCUGACGAGUUUCUAAUCCAUGCGGCAGAAGUUGAAGGUUUGGGACAUGGGGUUGACAAAGAGUUAGUCAAGAAACUUGGCGAAUGGGCAUGUUCCCUUGAAACCCCUGUUACCAUGGUAUACGCUGGUGGGGCAAAAAGUAUUGACGAUUUGGAGCUGGUUGAGCAGUUGAGUCACGGGAAGGUUGAUCUUACGUUUGGUUCAUCAUUGGACCUUUUCGGAGGGAAACUGGUCAAAUUUAAAGAUUGCUGCAGUUGGAAUUCGGUGCAUUGA